ACUUGUAAUACGCCUGUUCCCCACUACAUCACUUCUACUACGCUUGUAUUUCACUGCAAAACGGGAAAUCGAUGUCAUUUUCUAUCACACGGCCAUCUAAUCGUCGUGCUCCCAUUAUCCUUCGACGUUAACGAGACCGCCUUCUAGUUUCAUCUUAUCCAACUCCUCUUCCGGUAAUCCCUUUCUUGUUUAUGCGGAAGACUCUAGUUUUGAGACCAUCUACAUAAUACAGCUUCGUUCCCGGUGUUGAGGACUAAAUGCAAUCCGCAAAACGUAAGGGAAGUAUUUGAUACUAGGUACGCGGUUGACUCUUCUACUCUUAUUUGAUGCUUCGAAGACAAGUUUUUUUACUUGUCGGUUAUAUCUCUAUCGAUAUGUUUCAUUUCACCUCUCGACGUACUAACGUGAAUCCCUAUACAGAGAGAGUAGGCACAUUCGCCCUCUCCUCUUCUACUACUUUUCAAGCACUUGGUAGAGGAUUGUCUCCUGGCUAAAUAGGACCAAUGGGUCCAAGUAGCCAUAACUCGGAGCAUCUUCCGCCUGCAAAGGCGUACUGGCGCCUUCACCUACACUCUUCCGACUUACGUUGGCUACACCGAUACAAGCCAGCAUCCAAACCCCCACGACCACUAGGGAAAUACCGCCUUCGCAUAGACAACCACGAGUAUAACUGGUGUCGCGAUCCAGUCCCUUACCCGCGGGGGCGAGAAUGCCAACUUAUCCAACCCCUGAUAACGACACAGGAUAUGUUAGCAUAUAUAACACACCCCGAUAACGACCCGCCGACGAGUUUCCUACCCAAGACGCGGGCGCCUGCUUUUGUCGACCGGAAAUGCCAAUUCUGUCGUGGCUUUCCGAAGUUCGGCAUGGUAGACCACAUGUGUGCGUUCCACAUGAUGUACUUCGCAGGAGCACGCACUAACGAGGACCUAUGCGUCCUCCGGAGCUUGAACGGUGUCGGGCCCAAGUCUAUUAGCGCUCCUAGCCCGACUUCCCUGGCGGCGACUGUGGUGAAGAGCCGUGAUUUACUUGUUGGUAGUACACCCGAGACGGAUGGAUCAGAUGUGAGUGAGAGGAGGAGACGGGCAAAUGAUGGUGAAUUCGGCCAUGUGGGACAAGCACGUUCAUCGUAGGAGUGGGAGUAAUAGGAGAAACUGGUUAACCUUUAGGAAGAGGGGGAAAUUCUCCUUUUGUUGGAGACUGAUACCAAGUCACCCCUCAAUAGUUCUUCCUUUUCUGAGCUAUCAAGCUGAUAACUCGAUUCUGUUGUCGGGGCGUUGGUUUUCAUCCUCAAGGUUGAAUGCUGAACAUUCUAUGUAUUUUGUUCGGUAACCGCACAUUGUGUGAUAGGUUAGGUAACUGGGUAGUUAUCAAAGCGGUCGAUUAAUUAAUACCUAAUAGAUCAGUAGGUCUUGAAUCCUGAGAGUGGGAGUAAUGUGCUAGUAGUAAAUUCAAUGCCCCAAAUUGGUAUCUGGAACAAGCAAUAGUCACUAGUGUGCAAAU